AUGCCGCUACGACCAACAACAACACAUCCAAAAUCCAACAAAUCCAACACUACCCCCGUAACCAGCACCAAUACCCCUCUUUCGAAUUCACAUUUACAGUCACAGCAUCUUGCCCCUCCUGUGCCUUCUAUCGCUCAGAGUUCGAUCAAUAUAUCCAAUAUAUCAUCACUGACCCCUUCUACUCCUCUAAAAAUUAUUAUAAUCGGUGCUGGUGUUGCGGGUCUAUCGGCUGCAAUCGGACUCUCUCUAACUGGUCACAACGUCACAAUUUUUGAGGCAGUAUCGACAAUAAAAGAAGUAGGGGCGGGGAUACAGAUUGCCCCCAAUGCUUCAAGGAUCUUAGAGAGGUUUGGAGUCUUAGAAGACGUUGUUAGAGAUGGAAUUUCAUUAGAAAAGAAUAGUCUUAGACGGUGGGAGGAUGAUGGGGAGAUCGGAUGGGUCGGAUUGAUGCCUGGCGUCGGAAAAAAGUAUAAUGCCCCGCUGCUAGUAAUCCACCGCGCCGACCUCCAACGAAUACUUUUAAACCGCGCUCAAUCAGUAGGUGUAAAGAUCCACACUUCCUCUCCAAUAUCCACCAUUUCCUCAGACUUUUCGCCUUCAAUACGUCUAUCAAGUGGAGAGUGGAUACACGCCGACCUAAUAAUUGCAGCGGAUGGUAUCAAAAGCUUUGUUAGACAGGAGAUUGCGAGGAAGAAUGGAGUUAAAGAUGAAACUGUUAGUACCGGUGAUGCGGCUUAUAGGGUUGUUAUUGACGAGGAAAGGAUGAGAGGGGAUCCAAAAAUUCGAGAAUUGUUGAGGGGAAAGACGGGAGUUAGAUGGAUGGGGCCGGGAGGCCAUAUAAUGGCAUACCCUCUCCGCUCUCACAAACUAUAUAAUAUGGUACUAAUCCAUCCCAUCCGACCUCACCAAAUCGACACGGAAUCAUGGACAUCACCAGGCACCAAAGCCGAAAUGCUAAAGACCUAUUUCGGAUGGAACUCCACCGUCAAACAACUACUAUCUUAUGUCCCCGACGACGGAGAAAUAAUGGAAUGGACUUUAAACUCUCAUGCCCCAUUAAAAUCAUGGCACGAAGGUAGAUUUGUAUUGAUAGGCGACGCAUGUCACCCCAUGCUACCCUACGUCGCACAAGGCGCUGCAAACGCCAUUGAAGACGCUGGAGUUCUUACCGUUGCUUUAUCUCUGAUCCAAUCAGCAGAUAAAAUCGAAGACGCAUUGAAAGUAUAUGAAACAAUAAGAAAGGAAAGAGGGGAGGCGAUACAGGCUUCGGCGAGGGAUACGCAGAGAAUAUUACAUUUGAAGGAUGGAAAGGAGCAGGAAGAACGUGAUAGAAGGAUUCGGGAGAGUACGAUCGCUGCGAGGGGAGGGGAGAAAAAGGGGAACCCAGAUCUGUGGGCGGAUCUGAGGUGGCAGGAGUUCAUGUGGGGGGUGGAUGUUAUGAAGGAUGUUGUGGAGAGGUGGAGUGAAUUGACCACUGGUCCUUCGUCGUCGUCGCCGUCGCCGUCUAUACGAAUCCAGGCGACAUAG